AUGGAGACUGUUGGCAUAUUGGUAUUCUACAAUGGAAGCUGGGUUCACAAGGAUAACAUUGAGAGUUAUGAAGGUGGCGAGGCUAAAGGCAUAAUAGUAUCACGGAACGUAACCUUUUCUGAGCUUGUUGACCGCAUUUAUAAGAUCACGAAUGCAGAUCUCAACAAAUAUAGUCUCACACUGAAGUAUUCAGUUCCUCUAUCAUCAUCUGCCUAUAAGCACCUAAAGGUUGAAGACAAUGAUGACGUUCAAUAUUUUCUGAAGUACAGCACGGACGUUAUGACCUCUAGAGUAACCCCUUUAUUAGCAACCCUCAAAGUUAUAGAAGGACAUGGUAUUCAUGGCUGCAAUGGCAUUGUAAGCAUUGGGAAUAGCAAUGCUCCCCUUGCAGUUGUUGUGAGAGAUAGGAAUGAGGUAAUUGGGGAUAGUGGAACUGAAAAUGGUGUAACUGGUUUUAAUUGGAAAGAUUGGGUUGAAGAUGUUAAUUUUGAAUGUGUUGAAAACAUAGUCGCAGAUUUUUGUGUACCUAGGAAUGAAGAGGAAGCGUACUCUGCACCAAACGUGCAUCCUCAUCGAGAAAGCAAUUUCCAAGCCUCCAUGGUGCAGGUUACACAAGUGCAAUAUGAAAAUCCGCAACAAUCAAGUUGGACUCAAAUGCAUACAAGCCAGGUUCAUUUGGUGCAUGGUAAGAGUGUGGAAGAUAUUGAUUAUGGUGGAGGUCUUUCUUGCAUAAAUUGGGAAGCAAAUUUUAAGGUUGGACGAGUUUUUCCAAAUAAGAUUGCCCUUAUAAAAACCUUAUGUUUAGCAGCAGUCAGAGGCCACUUUCGAUUUAGAACAGUCCAAUCUGGGAAACGUAGGUUGUGUGUUCGUUGUUGGCAACUUCCUUGCCCUUGGCGACUUUGGGCAUAUAAAGUUGGAUUACAUGAGUUUAGGGUUGUUAAAUACGAUCCAUUUCAUGAAUGUGAUCUAAGGUAUCUUAGUAGUCACCAUCCUCAAACUAGUACAGGAUUGUUGUCUGACUCUGUGAAACGCAGAUUCAAGGAUUCUCGCACCAUUUAUACUGCAGGUGAUAUCAUCAAAGAUGUGCGACAAAAUUUUGGUGUGACCAUAAGCUACUCUAAAGCUUGGAGAAGCCGAGAGUUAGCUUUAAAGAUAAUUAGAGGGUCUGCAGAAGAAUCAUAUGCUCUUCUCCCUUCCUAUUGUUAUGAAUUGGAGCGUACAAAUCCUGGAACUUUGACAUACAUUGAGACUGAUGCAGCCAACCACUUUUUAUAUUUUUUUAUGUCAAUUGGUGCAUGCAUAAGAGGAUUUAAGUGCUCAAUGCGUCCUGUGAUUGCUGUUGAUGCUACCCAUUUGAAGUGCAAGUACAAAGGUGUUUUGUUUGUUGCCACCGCAUUUGACGGAAAUCGUAAUAUAUCCUCUUGCCUUUGGGAUUGGAGAUUUAGAGACGGAUGCGGCUUGGGAGUGGGCAAUAUGAAAGCCUCAUUUAAGUUGAAGAAGCGGGAUCCGAUAUUGGGGUUUUUUGUGCGGGCGGCUAAGUCUUACCGUCUAGCAGAGUUCAAUCGUUAUUUCUCCAUGAUAAACAACGAGCGAGUGCAAACUUAUCUAGUACGUGCAGGGCUCCAUAAGUGGUCUCGAGCCCAUUGUGAUGGACGACGAUAUAAUGUCAUGACAACUAAUAUUGCAGAGUCCAUUAAUUCAGUUCUUCGUUUUGCAAGGAUGCUUCCGGUGGUACACUUGAUCGAGGAAAUUAGGAAUAUGCUUCAGAAUUGGUUUAGUCAACGUCGAGAUUUGUCAAUGAAAUGUAAAUCUAUGUUGUGCCCUGAUUUAGGUGAAAAAAAGUUGAGGAAGAGAUUAGACGCUGCUUCGAGGAUGAAUGGUUAA